UCAUAGUGUUGUCUAGAUGGACAGUAUAGUUGUAGUAGGUUAGUAGUCAUAGUGUUGUCUAGAUUGACAGUAUAGUUGUAGUAGUCAUAGUGUUGUCUAGAUGGACAGUAUAGUUGUAGUAGGUUAGUAGUCAUAGUGAUGUCUAGAUGGACAGUAAAGUUGAAAGUUUUUGAUGAGAGACGCACAUACUCAAGUUAUCUCCCUCUAGCAUGUGGUGGACCGUGCAACACCCUGACACACACACACACACACACACACACACACACACCCAUGACCCUUAUACAGACAGCAUGCUACGGAUGAAGACUGAGCCUGAGUAUGAAGAAAAAACGAGAAUUAUGUUUAUUGCCUGUUUUAGUGGUGGCCUGUCUAGUGUCCAUAAUGGGUGGUUCAUCUCUCCCUAGCCCUAUUCUGAUUGGUCCAGACAAGGCCUACCUGAACUCCAAGGUAGUGUUCCAAUGUAGAUCACCUGGGUCUCCUCCACCAAACACAUACGAGCUCCUGAAGGACGGCAACCACCUGGUCGCCACGAGCAACGACCUCCAAGACGACCAAUCGGCUACGUUCUUCCUGAAGAUCUCUGUGACGUCAGAAGGAUCGUACCACUGCAGGGUGACGGCAGGUGGAAACAUGGGCCUCAGUGGAACAGUCCGCCUGCAAGUAGUGAUCCCUGUCUCAGGCACUAUGGUGACCUCUGACCCUGAUCCUCCCAUUCUCUACGAGGGGUUGCGGCUCACUCUCACCUGUGAUGUCACCAAGGGCUCCCACCUCUCCUACACCUGGUUCUACAACAGACAGGAAGUGACAUCAUCUCCAACCUCACCUUUGACCCCGCUUCUGCUCUGGCCGGUGGGAAACACGCUGGUGGUGGAGAGGGUCACAGCAAAGCAUGCUGGGAAUUAUUCGUGCAUUGCCGGGACCAGGAUGCAGACCAACAGCAGGUUCUCCAGCAGCAGAGAGGUCACGGUCAGGGUCAAAGCCUAUCUCUCCGUACCCCAAAUAUCCUUCACCAUCUCCAAAAAGGGUUUGAGUUACCGCGGCAAUGUGACCUGCAGGUCAUCAAGGGGAACCCCUCCCGUGACCUUCUACCUCUUCCUUGACGACAAGGAGGUGGGUUCCGACGUGGCAACGGAGUCGCUGGUUGCCUGGUUCCCCGUUGCCAUGGUUCCCGGGCGUGACAUGGGCACGGUGCGGUGUACAGUGGAGAGUGAUGCACAGAGACUGACCAGCAGACCCCUGACUCUGGUAGUGGUCCCAGUAGGAGGCUCACCAAAGGUGGAUGUGGAGUACCUUUACAGGGUUGAUUCCAAGAUGGCCGCCGCUCGUCUCCAAUGCCUCCUGAGCCUCGGGACAUUCCCUUUCUUCUCCUGGUCCCUCAACGGCUCCCUCCUCCUUCACCCCUCCGAGGGAGACUCCUCUCACCCCUCUCACGCCCUGGCGGACGGAGGGCGCACCCUAUUCCUCACCGAGAUCACCCUAGAGGACUCUGGGUAUUAUCGGUGCAGGGCAAGGGACAGUUAUGACGUAACGUCCGCCUGGGUGGAAAGCCAACCUGUCCUUGUGCGGAUCACAGAAGUUUCCACGACAACCAUAGAGGUCAUGGCCAUAGUAUUCUGCUGUUUCCUCAUGCUGACCCUGGCAGGGGGUGUAGCCUGUGUGAUGAGGAUGCUCAACCGCCAACGAGGUGGGUGUGUGUUCAGAAUAUGGUCAUUGUUCUUAAAUGUGUCACUCUCAGUCCUUCGUUCUCUCUCUCUCUCUCUUCCUCCCCCCUCUCUCUCUCUCUCUUCCUCCCCCUCUCUCUCAGACGUUGUGGCAAGCAGCGAGCAGAGAGCGAGCGCAGCAAAUGAAAGACGAUUCAGUGAACAUUUCUGCAUCAUUCCAGAUCCACUUCCUCUGUCUGACAUCACUACCAGGUCAGGGGUCAAGCAAGUGGACACUUCCUGUGUUGACAGUGACGUUGAGAAUCAGACCCUUGAGAUCACAAUAUAACCGACGUGAUGAAAUAAACCCAACCUCAGACCGACGAGUUCCUCACAAAAUAAUCCUUCAAUGUCAUUUUAUCCAACAAACUAUUUAUAACGUUUUUUUCAAACACUUCAGCCCAUUUUUCAGAUUGAAGAGUUAUAUCUUCAAAACUCUUACAACAAAACUCAUAUUGAUUGCAGUACUCGCGGGGGUAAUACACUCGACCACUGCUACUCUAACUUCCGUGAUGCAUACAAAGCCCUACCCCGCCAUCCCUUCGGCAAAUCCGACCACGGCGCCAUCUUGCAUCUUGCUCCUACCGUCUUAUAGGUAGAAACUCAA